UAUAUAAAAAUAGACCGGGGAAUAAGAAGGCGGGAGGCGGUGGCGUAGAAACUUUCUAAUCUGACGCUUGUGUUAUCGCCCCACGUAUCACUGAUAGUGAACCACAACGGGGAAUAAAACAUGCUGGUAUUAGCGCUUACAACUCUAAUUAUGUGCGACACCACAUGGGCUGGAAUGCGAAAUGAAUUACCAAGAGAUGGAAACGAAGAAAAUGCCAAGUCUGCAAUCUCUCAUGGCAGGCAAAUAUUGACUAAGAGUCUGCCCCGCGUGACUUCACCAUUUCACAUCCCAGGUAUCACCUCCCUAUCCGUAAACAGUUUGCCGGACGACCAACGCCUCAUGCCGUCUAUCGGGAACGGCCAUGUAGCCACCGUGAUAAGAGGUGACGCAGUUUUUAUGAACGGACUUUAUAAUGGUCAUAACAUCACCAGCCAUCGUGCAAAAAUGCCUGCUGUAUUUAUUAGGAACAUAAAUUCUUCGAGUUUUCAUGAACAACGAUUCACUCUUGACUUCGCUGCUGGUAUGUUUGUAGAGGAGAUGGCGGCAAAGGAUUUAUCUGUCCGGAUAAAAAUGUUUGCUCAUCGAACAAUAAAACAGCUACUCGUCACCAUGGUGACUGUACGAAAUGCAGGGUCAGCAGACGUUAGGUUGGGUUUUAAUUCCUCUAGGAUUGCUGACACUGAGGAUUUGGAUAUCACUCACGCGGUCAACCAAUCUAUCGGCAUUAUAAGCGGAAGAACAAAAGAAAUGGAAUAUGACGUCACGGGAUUACAAGACGUCACCAUGGUUCACACUGUUAUACCAGAGGAAAUCUCCGUGGAAGCAUUCCAAGAAACUACACACCUCUUUCUACUAAGUGUUGAUCUGGUCCCAGCAACUGCAAAGAAAUCUUUCGACAAAGGCGUGCAAAUGUUUUUUAAUGGAAACCUUGAGUCGAGCCACGUCAAUGGUUGGGCAGAUGUAUGGAGGAAUGGUCGAAUUGAUUUGAAUGGCAAUGAUACAUUGUCUACUUUGGCGUAUUCCAGCUUGUACUAUAUCAUGAGUUCUCUCCCUUUGGGACCGACCCCAGAUUUUGUGGGUCUAUCUCCCGGGGAUUUGGCUCAUGGUGAGGGACACCAGGACUACAUGGGUCACGUGUUCUGGGACCAGGAAACAUGGAUGUAUCCACCGAUACUACUGCUCCACAGUAAGAUGGGGGAGGCCAUCGUACAAACCAGGGUCCGCACUCUAGACGCCGCCAUACAGACCGCCAAGAUGAGGGGAUACAAAGGAGCCAUGUACCCAUGGGAAACUGCUAUCUCAGGUCUUGACGUAACAGAAAUACCUAUUUAUUUUUUGAAUGAACAACACAUCACAGGAGAUAUUUCGUUUGCCUUGAGACAGUACCUUUAUAUGACACGAGACAUUAGGUUCCUUAACGAGAGUGGAAUAAAGGUAGUGCAAGAAAUAGCAGAAUUCUGGGCUUCACGAGUUUUCCUGAAUUCCUCAACAAAUAUGUACGAAAUCCAUGACGUGAUGCCUCCCGAUGAAUGGCACAAGAAAGUGAAUAACUCGGCCUUCACAAACGCUGUCGCUAAACUAAGUCUCUUACUCCCGGAUUUUGUGGGAAAUGUGAUGAACACCAAACCCGAUCCAAAAUACAAAGCCAUUGCUGACAAAAUGUACAUUCCCUAUGACAAACAACUUGACUAUCAUCCCGAAUUUGAUGGCUACACAAAAAAUGAACCCGUGAAACAAGCUGACGUUGUCCUAAUGGGAUUCCCUCUUAUGAUAGACAUGGACGAGUCUACACGAAGGAAUGACCUCCGGAUAUACGAAGCGGUGACAUCAAAAGGUCCAGCCAUGACCUGGAGUAUGUUCUCCAUCGGGAACCUGGAGAUUGGAGAUAUAACUAAGGCAUCGACCCAGUUUACACGCCAGCUGCUGAAUGUCGCUAAGCCAUUUAAUGUGUGGACAGAACUCGAUGACGGUACGGGCGCUGUCAAUUUCAUCACGGGGAUGGGAGGGUUCCUGCAGUCCCUGCUGUUUGGUUAUGGCGGCUUCAGACUCCGCCCUGACAGGAUCGACUUCCACGGACGUCUCCCUCCCUCCACCUCCUCCUUCAACAUCACAGGACUAGACUACCUAGGAGGAUCCAUAGAUUUCUAUUUUACCAAAGAUGCAACCAUUGUGAGGCUGACCAAGGCAGCUGAAUUUACCCUGACGUUAAAAUACGAAGAGAAAGCCUUCACAUUGAAACAAAAUGAAAUACAAAUGUUUUCUUCGACAAAAGCCUCCAUAGUGCCAGAUCUACCGCUCACACUAGACAGAAACUCAGCGAAUCAUGUUUUAUUUUCAUCAGUUCUACUGAUUAUUAGUGCUUUGUUUUGUUCAAAACUUUAUAUUUGUUGAAAAUUCAUAUUCGUUGAAGACGAUGCAAGCAAAAACAUAUACAAGCUUAACACAUUAUAUUUCUGCUGACUUAUAUGUAAUAUACUAUUUUCUUUAGGGAAAACAUGCAUUAAUAAGCAUAUUAAUAUCAUAUUUGGGUAAGAUAGUAAUGAUGCCAACAGCCGGGCGUGUAUUAAAUUGAUAUUUUCUGAAGGGAAACAUGCAUGAAUGAACAUAAUAAUAUCAUAUUUGGGUAAGUUAAUUAAGCAAACAGUCUGACAUAUAUUAUGUUAUUAACAUGCACCAAUAAGUAUAAUCAAAAUCGUAUUUGGGUGAGAUAAUAAAGCUAACAGCCCAAAUGUCCAAAGAUGGUGUGGUGUCACAGAUCUACCAAAUGAGCUUUCCACUUUUGCAACAUUUAACACCGGUAUUACGUCUAACGAUAAUGUUUAUUUAAAAAUCGAAUUAUAUUUGAAUUUUUAAAAAUAAAGAUAUAUACAUGUA